AUGGCUAAUAAUGAUGCCACUGUGCAAAGCCAAGUUGCAUCAUUAAGGAACCUAGAAUUGCAAGUAGGCCAGUUAGCUAUGGAUCUGAAGAGCAGAUCGAUUGGAGCAUCACCCAGCGACACAGAAGUGCCAAAAAGAGAUGGUAAGGAACAAUGCAAGGCCCUCACUUUGCGAAGUGGGAAAGCAUUACCUCCGACACAUCUGAAUGCCCCAGCAUUGAGCAAGGAACAUACUCGAGUUGACCACGGAGAAACUCAGCCAGAACAGGAUAGUAAGCCAGCAGAAGUACUCAUGACCACUCCACCAGAACAAACAGCUGGACAACCAAAGGACGGUCAAAACACAUCCAAACAAUCAGUCAAUCCAGUAAUUGUUAGAGCACCUGAGACAGGAAAAAAGGAGCAAAAUUUUAAAUUCAAGAAGUUUUUAGAUGUCUUGAAGCAACUGCACGUGAACGUACCAUUGGUGGAAGCUCUAGAGCAAAUGCCAAAUUAUGUGAGGUUCUUGAAAGAAAUACUCACAAAGAAAAGAAUGCUGGGAGAGUAUGAAAUAGUAGCAAUGACUAAGGCUUGUAGCACUAUACUCACGAGCAAAAUUCCUGCAAAGAUGAAAGAUCCUGGGAGUUUCACCAUACCAGUUUCAAUUGGGGGACAACAGAUAGGGCUUACCUUAUGUGAUAUGGGUGCUAGCAUCAAUAUUAUGCCAUUAUCAAUUUACAACAAGUUGGGCAUUCGGGAAGCAAGGCCCACAACAGUGACAUUGCAGCUGGCGGAUAGAUCCAUUACGCAUCCAGAGGGAAAAAUUGAAGAUGUGUCGGUACAAGUAGAAAAAUUUAGUUUCCCUGCUGACUUCAUUAUUUUGGAUUAUGAUGCAGCUAAGGAGGUCCCUAUUAUUCUUGGAAGACCAUUCCUCGCAACUGGGAGAGCUUUAGUAGAUGUCAACAAGGGCGAACUCACAAUGCAUGUACAAGAUCAAGAAGUGAAAUUUUCKGUGCAUAACUCCAUGAAAUUUUCUGCUGAAUCUGAAGAGUGCUCAGUAUUAAAGAUCUUGGAUGAAGCGUUAAUGGAGGAGCURGAAAYAGAAGUCAUGCUGGAACGUCUAGAAGCAGUUGGAGCCAAAAGUGUGGUCGAGGCGUUUGAAGAGGAGCUAGAAGAUGUCAAAUCAGAAUGCUUGAACACCAACAAAGGAUUUGUGAAGAAAAUAUAUGAAUCCCUAGACGUUCCAGCAUGA